GGGGACUGUACAAAGUCGUUACGCGGGAUGUCUGUGGUUUCCAUUGGCAGAGAAAGUGCAGAAGUGAUUAUUCAUAGCCAAUUUAACUUGUAAUUCACAAUAGAAUUAUUAAUUUAACGAAUGCAUAAGUUGUUAUUUGUGUGAACAAUUAUCGGCAACAUGUUUGCGGGGCUUCCGGAGCUCGGGAUUUCCAACGGAGAGGAUUUAAAGGAGACUCUGACCAACUGCACAGAGCCACUCAAAGCUAUCGACCAGUUUCAGAUGGAAAAUGGCAUCCUGCUUCCCACUCUUCAGUCUGCUCUCCCAUUUCUGGACCUUCACGGGACGCCACGGUUGGAGUUUCAUCAGUCUGUGUUUGAUGAGCUGCGGGAAAACCUCAUGGAGCGAGUGGCCAUUAUAGCAGAGGGAAAAGAGGAGGACAGAUAUUCCAAACUGGAGGAGCUGUUGGAGAAGAGCUUUCCUUUGGUGAAAAUGCCUUCUAUUCAGCCAGUGGUGAUGCAAGUGCUCAAACAUCUUCCAAAAGUGCCGGAGAAAAAGCUAAAAAUGGUAAUGGCGGACAAAGAGCUGUAUAAGGUGUGUGCAGUGGAGGUGAAGAGGCAGAUCUGGCAGGACAACCAGGCGUUGUUUGGAGAUGAGGUGUCACCCCUCCUCAAGCAGUACAUUGUGGAGAAGGAGUCGGCCCUGUUUAGCAGUGACCUCUCCAUCCUCCACAACUUCUUCAGCCCGUCACCCAAAACAAGAAGGCAAGGAGAGGUGGUGCUAAAGUUGACCCAGAUGAUCGGGAAGAACGUUAAGCUUUAUGACAUGGUGCUGCAGUUUCUCCGGACUCUUUUUCUACGAACGCGCAACGUUCACUACUGCACACUCCGAGCUGAACUGCUCAUGUCCCUCCAUGACCUGGACAUCAGCGAGAUCUGCACUGUGGAUCCCUGCCAUAAAUUCACUUGGUGCCUCGACGCUUGUAUUAGGGAGAAGUUUGUUGAUGGUAAAAGAGCCAGAGAGUUGCAAGGCUUUUUGGACGGAGUGAAGAAAGGACAGGAGCAAGUUCUAGGAGAUCUGUCUAUGAUCCUGUGUGACCCUUUUGCCUGUAACACUCUGGUGCUGAGUAUCAUAAAGAACAUACAGGAGCUGCUUAGUCAGGACGCACUGCCCAGGGACAGUUCAGAUUUGAUGCUUCUCUUGAGGAUGUUGUCUUUGGGUCAAGGAGCGUGGGAUAUGAUUGACAGCCAAGUCUUCAAAGAACCUCGUCUGGAUUUGGAGGUAGUGACUCGUUUCCUGCCGGCCAUGAUGUCUGUAGUUGUUGACGACCACAUUCAUGUUGUCGAACAGAAGCUCCCCAGUGAAGAGAAGAGCUCGCUGACGUAUCCCACUGCAUUGCCCGAUGCCUUUAUCAGGUACUUACAGGACAACAGAGUGGCAUGUGAGAUGGGACUAUACUAUGUACUGCACAUUGCCAAACUACGGAACAAGAACGCACUGCAGAGACUCCUUCCUUCUUUAGUGGAGACGUACAACGACAUGGCGUUUGGGGACAUCUUCCUGCACUUGCUGACCGGGCACCUCACUCUGCUCUCAGAUGAGUUUGGGACAGAAGACUUCUGUUCCGUCGUCUUUGAUGGAUUUUUACUCACGUCAUUUUCAAGUAAAGAGAAUGUCCACCGACACGCUCUGCGAAUGCUGGUUCACCUUCACCACAAAGUCCUACCUUCUUACAUGGAGACCCUCAUGAAGACACUGGAGCCUCCCAAACAGUGCAGUGAACCAGUGAAGGAGCUGUACAUCCAGCUGACAGAGAAACUCGAAGCCCAGAAGAAGAGCCCUCCACCAGCCGACGAGCCUCCAUCUUUAGACCUGGGACUGCACCCAGUGAGCGUGCCUCCCUCCAGCUCCACCCCCUCCACACCGCACUGAAGACUAAGGGACAUUUAAACCAACUGACCUGACCUGGUGGCAUUACACUAUGUUGAAAUGCCGGGUUUCAGAUGACAUUACAACUUUCUAUAGGAUUGUAGCGCUUAAUUAAAACAACUACUGUAUGUUCAUCAGUUAUGUGGUUAUUUUUGUCCUUUUCACUAAUGUAUAUGAUUCGUGGUCAACAUUUGUGCAUUUUCCUUUUGGAUAUUUCUUAAACAAUCAAUCAAGAAUACUGGCUUCCUUGAAAUCCUUUGUUUCAUGUGGAAAGAGACUUUACCAUGAACUACGACUUCACCAUAAAAAUUUCCACCAGAUCUAUUUUGAAUUUAUAUGUUUUCAUUCAUUCAUAAAUACAGCUUUCUAUUUUGGUGAGGAGAAAUGGCCUUAUUAAUGAUGUAUUUUGUACAUUUGUUGUUGUCCAAUUUGUUUUAUAGCAGUGUAAUGCGGCCAGAAAAGCAAGAAAAAGUAUCUUUUGGUUUAUCCUGUGAUAAUGUAAAAGUAUCCCGGAAGUUGGUGCCCACUGGUUCACUUUGAUAUAAAAGCAAAUGUGCAACUCUCUCUAGUGUGAGCAGUGUUUGAUGCAACUGCAGUUUCUCUACUGUUACAUUUGGAAUACUGUCCAAACAGAUAUUUUCAUAUAAUUUGGUUUUCACUGAUUGACAUUUUGGUAGUGUCAUAAUGGAACAUGUAAAUAAAUAAUUUCGUAAUACUCAG